ACUCGGCAGCCGCGAGUCAUGCCCUGACGAACAUGCCGGCCCGGUGCCGCCAUGAGCCGCGGCCGCACCACCCUGCUGCUGCUGGCCGGCCUGCUGGCCGCGCCGCCGCCGCCGCCGGCCGCCGCCCUCCACUUUAUCGGUUGUUUAAUUGAAGACCUAUGUGAUGACUCCGAACGAUGUUUCAACGACGGCGUGUUCGGCCGGUGCGUCGACCACCGCUCACAGGACGAGGAGCUCAGAAGAUUGGAGCUCUCGCCGGACGAGCUGUCGGAGCUGCCGGCGGUGCUGGAGCGGCUGGUGAGCCAGGGCCACCGCUGGUCACACAUCUACACCCAGUGUGUGCUGCAGUCGCGGCUGGCCGAGCUGCAGACCGGGGAGCCGUCUGACGCGUCGGCCUGUGAGCUGGUCAACGAGCGGCGUCUGCCGGGUCUGCCGCCCGGCUCUCGGGCAGUACCGGCGCUGCCCGACCUGCCGGACCUGGUGGGGCCGCAGCAAGAGCUCGGGCUGACCGCCGACCGCCGAGACCUCGAGCCGCCGUCCCAGGACACCGUCGCCGACGAGGCGCUCGUGAGGUUCGGCCCGGCGGAUAGCGAGUUCAUCGAGGAGCUCUACCUGCCCGCCACCUACCAGGACGACGGGGAAGCUCUAGUGCCCGACCUGGACCAGCCGAUCCCGCUCGAAUGGCUUGCUGAUGACUACGAUCUGGAAGAGCUGGCGCGGGACGGCCUGGAGCCGGCGGCGGCCGGCGUGCUGCUGCCCCCGGCCAUGAAGCGCUCGGCGCCGGUCGAGUUCGAUCUGGGGCCGCUGCCGGCCGACUCGCAGAUCCACCAGCUGGCGCAGCUGGUGCGCUCCGUGGACCAGCAGCUGCAGCGGGCCGGCGGCGGCGGUGGCGGGGCGCUCGACGAGCUGGAGCGCCAGGCCGCCGCCGACUCGCCCGCCGAGAUCGUGCUGGACCUGGGGCCGCCGGACGAGAUGGCCCAGUACCCCUCCGACUACGACGGCGACUACGGCGACUACGGCGGCGACUACGGCGACUACGGCGACCUGGAGCCGAUCCCGCUGAGCGUGCGCUCCGACCCCGAGUUCCGGCGCGCCGAGCGGCUCGAUAUCAAAAAGCCCGGCCCCUGGUUCGGCGUCAACAACUUCGCCUUCGACUACGACUUCGACGGAAAGGCGCCCGUGCCGGACCAGGAGAUCAAUCCGAUGGAAUCGCUGCCGAUCGAGCCGAUGGAACAGGAGCCAAUGGAAUCGAUGGACCAGGAUUCGGCCCAGUCACCGCCACCGGAGCCCCGCCUAUCAGCCGGAGAGGACGCCUUUUCGGUGGACAGCGAGUCGCGGCGCGUGGACAGGGUGGCCGAGGACAGGGUGGACAGGGUGGCCGAGGACGUCAACCCGAGUCCGGAGGCCACGCCGAGCGGCGCGCCGCCCUCCCAGCAGUCCCAGGAGGCCGGCCAGCCCGCCAAAAAGUCGCGCAGCGUCGACCGCUCGCCGGGGCCCCAAGUCGACACCGAUCUCGACUACGUCUACAUGGAGGUCCAGAACAGGUUUGAAGACGGCAAUGAAGCCACACGACUCGUGAAGCAACUGGAAAAGGAUCUGUUCCUACCCGUCAAUACCUUCGACAAUAUCGGGGCAGAAAAGAACCAGGUUUGGUUUAAGGUGAAGCCGAACAAGCUCGAACUGAACGCCGCAGCUGUAGCCAGUCGUAUAGGAAGUCUUCGUGGCACCCUGAACAACGAGCUCGGUGUAACCAUCACCGAGGCCGGCGUCGGAAAAGGGAGCUCGGUGCGAGUGGAGGCCGAGCACAGGACCAUGUUCGUGCAGACGCUCAGUAUUGUGCUGGGCGCGCUGGUGGCCGCCAUAGUGCUGGUCGUCCUGUUCGUCUGCCUGGCCCGCCGCUAUGUGCGCGGCCGGGACAAGAUCAAAGGCCUGGCCAACACCGACACGGAGGCCAGCAAGGACUACCAGGACCUGUGCCGGUCCCGGAUGGCGGCCCGGGUCACCGAGAAGACGGACACCCCUGAGAAGCCACAGCGCGUGCACAGCCUGUCCAAAGAGUCGGACGGCACGGCCAGCCCCACGUCACGCUCCAGCACCUCCUCUUGGAGUGAAGAACCAGUUGUGUCAAACAUGGACAUAUCAACCGGACACAUGGUUCUGUCCUACAUGGAGGACCAUCUGAAGAAGAAGGACAAGCUGGAGGAGGAGUGGCGCGCGCUGUGUGCCUACGAGGCCGAGCCCUCGGCGCGCACGGUCGCCGCGCUGCCCGCCAACGCCAAGAAGAACCGGGUGCCGACGGCACUGCCGUACGACCACUCGCGCGUCACGCUGAACGCGGUCACCAACGCCACCGGGGGCGACUACAUCAACGCCAGCACCAUCACCGACCACGACCCGCGCAACCCGGCCUACAUCGCCACCCAGGGUCCGAUGGCGCAGACGGCCAACGACUUCUGGCAGAUGGUCUGGGAGCAGGGCAGCGUGGUGAUCGUCAUGCUGACGCGGCUGACGGAGAACGGCAGCGGCAUGUGCCACCGCUACUGGCCCGAGGAGGGCUCCGAGCUCUACCACAUCUACGAGGUGCACCUGGUGUCGGAGCACAUCUGGUGCGACGAGUACUUGGUGCGCAGCUUCUACCUGAAGAACCUCAAGACCAGCGAAACGCGCACGGUGACCCAGUUCCACUUCCUGGCCUGGCCCGAGAACGGCGUGCCCACCUCCACCAAGGCGCUGCUCGAGUUCCGCAGGAAAGUGAACAAGUCGUACCGCGGCCGGUCGUGUCCGGUGAUCGUGCACUGCUCCGACGGCUGCGGCCGCACCGGCACCUACUGUCUCAUCGACAUGGUGCUCAACCGCAUGGCCAAGGGCGCCAAGGAGAUCGACAUCGCCGCCUCUCUGGAGCACUUGCGCGACCAGCGCGCCGACAUGGUGCGCACGCGCGCCCAGUUCGAGUUCGUGCUCAUGGCCGUGGCCGAGGAGGUGCACGCCAUCCUGAAGGCGCUGCCCCAGUGAGCCAGCCCGCCCCCACCCAGUAUUAUGUCGAGCGUCGGUGUUCGCGUGCUGUCAGUGUCAGAGUCUAUAGGUGUUUGGUGUUGACUGUCGGGGGCGGGCGGACGGUGGCCGGCGACUGCAGGUGCGGCAGUCCGGCGCCGGGAGGACCGGACCGGCCCGGCCCGGCCUCCGACAGAACGGCGACAUGGCCAGGAGCCGCCGCGCAGCGCCGCGCCGCCGCCGCCGCACCAGCCCCGUCAAUGUUGCAUCCGGAGAAAACCCAAAAACGGCGCCGUGUGCGCGGCUCGGUGCGGCUCGGAGCUUGCAGUCUGGUCCCCCGGGAGCGGCGGCGGGCCCGACCGGCCGUCCUCGGGCCGACGUCCCUCCUCCUUAGGAGCCGUUCUGGACCCAGCCUCCCAGAAGGGUUCCUUGCUCUGUGGGCCGGAUGACGGUCGCUCCGGCGAGGCCGCCGCCCCCGGCCGCCGUGUCUUGGACCGCCGCGCCGCCACAGCCAGAGAGCAAGCACAAACACUUGCUCCCUGGCACCGGCGGCGCACGCUUAACGCAGAAAAUACAAACGCCACAAAAAAUGGAGUCGUGUUAUAUAGGUGGCUAGGAUAGACGUUGCCCGUUACUGUAAGAUGUUUAUUCUGGUUGUCUCACGCCAAGAUAAACUAUUUUUGUGAUCCAUGCCACGGUCCUUGGGAGCCCGGUUAGUCGGCAACAAAUACAUCAACAUUCCGUUG